AGUGGUUCCCCCUGGAAGUCCUGGGCCCAUUACUCGGCAUGGGUCCUAUGACAGUUUAGCUUCCGACCACAGUGGACAGGAAGAUGAAGAAUGGCUUUCUCAGGUAGAGAUUGUGACGCACACUGGACCCCACAGGCGUUUGUGGAUGGGCCCACAGUUCCAGUUCAAAACCAUCCACCCCUCAGGCCAGACCACAGUCAUAUCGUCCAGUUCGUCAGUGUUGCAGUCUCACGGUCCCAGUGAUACUCCACAGCCCCUUAUGGAUUUUGAUACGGAUGAUCUUGAUCUCAACAGUCUCAGGAUCCAGCCGGUCCGCUCUGACCCAGUCAGCAUGCCAGGGUCAUCCCGUCCAGUCUCAGAUCGAAGAGGAAUUUCCACCGUGAUUGAUGCUGCCUCAGGUACCUUUGACCGGAGCGUGACCCUGCUGGAGGUGUGUGGGAGCUGGCCCGAGGGCUUCGGGCUGCGGCACAUGUCCUCCAUGGAGCACACGGAGGAGGGCCUGCGGGAGCGCCUCGCCGACGCCAUGGCCGAGUCGCCCAGCCGGGACGUGGUGGGAUCCGGAACAGACACAGCCCUUGAUGUAGCAGUAAAAACCAGCACCCCUGAGAGGCACGUGGCUGUGAAGUGUGUUGAACUUCAGCGAGAGGGAAGCAUCGAGACUCUGAGUAACAGCUCAGGUUCUACCAGCGGCAGCAUCCCAAGAAACUUUGACGGCUACCGAUCUCCGCUGCCCACCAACGAGAGCCAGCCCCUCAGCCUCUUCCCUACCAGCUUCUCCUAGGUACCCGCUACCUGCUUCCGACUGGCCGGCCCGCUCACCUGCUGGAGGAAGGAGAAGCCCCCCUCGGACUCUCCCCCUCAGUCUCUGCUCCUCUUUCACCAACCACCUUCCCCAAGCUUAGUGACGACAGCCCCCUCCCCACCCCACCCGAGGCCGAUGGAGAAGAGACCCCUGUCCAAACCACCUCGGUGCCCUCUGACCCCGUCAGCAGGGCUGUGGCCGAAAGAGACUGCAGAAGCGCCGCCCCCUCCUGUUUGCACAUGAUGUCCGGCAUUGGAUCCGCUUUUGUAUUUCCUAACCUGGUGGGGGGGGAGGGGGAGGAUGGAUGACCUGGCCAGGCAUUUCGACCCUGACCGCCAGCCCCAGCCCGCUCCUGGCUGUGGCUCACACUGCCCAGCUUCCCUUGGUCAACUUCCCUCUGGAAUGGGGUGAAUGGAGGCCCAGAGUAUUAGGGAAGGAGAAAGGAAGGAGAAGCCCCCCUCCUCUUCCCUUUGGCUCAUGGGAAGGAUUUGUCUUUCUUGUCUAUAAGCCCUUUUACACUGGUCCUGAACUGUUUGGUGAAGGAAACGGUGUUCCUGAGACCCUGUCAAAAGUGCACGUCUUUCCAAUAAAUCAUGCUGCAACUGGUGUCCA